CUUCCUGUUGGGCGGUCACGCGCCUCCGCGGAAUGACAGCAUGCCGCGAGACGGAGGCGGGGGGCGCUACGAAAAGCAGCGUACGGCGCCCCCUGAAACCAUUCGCGGCGGCUGUGGAGUAACUGCGGCUUUUAGGAUCUGCUACAAACGCACACACUCAUAAAGCCCCCACUGACAUAAAAACCCUCACUUUGAGAUGGACUCCAUGGCUGCUCUUCUCUUUCUGUUGAUCUUUGGGGACAUGUCCUCAGCAUCCCUCACAUGUGAGCCAAAGGAACCAGGGGACAACAGCCGUGAAAAGGGCAUUGAUGUUGAGGUGACAUCAGGCAUGUCCCCCAGGUGCUGGAGUAGAUAUAAGCAAGAGGGUUUCGAAGUUCACAUCCUGGACCUGGUCUUCAGCACCAACUCUCCCAUGUUUUUCAUAAUGGAUUUUCAGAAACUUAACAAAGCUCAUGUGGUGCUGAAGAGAUGCAGGGAAACUCCCUUUCAGGCUUUUAAACGUGACGGAACACAAAUCAACUUUCAUGAUAUAAAUAAUGCAACUGACAUCCAAGAAGAUCAUGUCGUACAUGAAAUCUGUCAUAUGAAUAUCUUGGAACUGGCCAAAAAAAGAUUUGGAGGGGUUACAUCGUUUACAACAAUUUAUGACCCAUCUGAAAUUAUCUUUACUGGAAAGCAGGCGGAUAUAAAUUCAAUGGAGUGCAUUGCUGAAAAAGGAUUUUUCCCAAAGCAAUACCUAUUGUAUCUUAAAAAUCCAGUUUUUAAACCACCAUUUAAGCUGUGCUCCAGUGACAAUCAUGCACCUGGAAAGAAAAUGCACAUUAUCAACAUUCCAGAUUCAGUCCCCAUCCAAGAGGUUUUCAUUCAUGUCAUUUCGGACAAUGAAACAGCACUAUUUUUGAGAGGACCAAAUGCUACAGUGUGGAAUGUUGAAGAACCAUUCAAAUUAAUUUCUAACAACCAGGUGCAGAUGAAAUUUAAUGGAUCCCAGAUCACCGUCCAGCCUUCAAUAGAGAAUGUUAUAGACAGUUAUAAAGAUGUCCAGCAUUUAGCUAUGAAAAAAAUAGGUUUAAAUUUCAUUUAUAUAGAAAUUACAGCUGCCAUUUCAAAGAUAAGACUGGAGAUUAAAGAACCAUCUUCUUUAAUCAAUGUGUCUAAUCCACAGAUAACCCCAGGUUCAGGGUCUGUAGUAUCCAUGCAGUUAUUUGAGUCUGCGGACUACAAGACUCAUAUCGACCCCGUGACCAAGGUCCAGAGUGAAAAGAGGAUAUAUGCAGAGAUUUCCAGCAGGAGUGAAGAGGUCAAGGUGGUGGCGUGUUCAGUGCUGUCUCAGGAUCCCUGCCGUAUGGGAUUGUCCAUGCCUUUCCAAGUAGAGCACUGUCCUUGGAAUGUUUGCCAUAACAGGACCAGGUUCAGCCUUUCCUUCCAGCAGAUCCAGGAUACACCGUCAACUGUCUGGGAUCUUCAGUGUAAGAUCAAAAUCUGUCUCAGGCAAAACAGUGAUAUGAAAUGUCAUGAUGAAGACUAUGUCAAAGUAGCUGUUGAAGUUGUCAAAUCGAGUGUGCCUUCUGCGUCGUGCCCCGACUUCAACCUCUCGGCUGUCCUAGGUGUCGCCUUAGGAGGAUUCUUAAUAGGGAUGCUUCUUAUGGGAGCCUUGUGGUUUAUCAAGGUUCGCACAGGAAUGGGUGUUGUUUCGACAUCACCUCACAUCCCAGGAUGUUCCAGCUCUUUGGCCAAGCGGCAGCCCGUCUCCGGGAACAGCGCGCCCUCGCAGGACAGCAGUGCCAGCCCGAGCAUUGGCAGCACCCAGAGCACACCCACAAGCAGCAUGGCAUAGCGCAGGAGCAAAUGCAGCGGCAGGACAAACAUGCGGCCAGACAAGUCUGUUCAGGUGCUGAGUAUGCGACCUUAAUCUAGGGAAAGAGAAAAGUUUUACGCUCUAAAAACUAUUUUCUUUUUCUGGAUUAAGGAAAAUAUGGCCAUGAGAACCAGAUGGCGAUUUAUUUUUGUGAAAAAGAUGCUGCUUGUCAUAUAUUCACACACCGGCAGGUUUCAGGGAAGGUCAGAGUUUCAAUUUCGUACUCACCUCUGUAAAAUUCCAGGAAAGCCCUAAAUAAACUCAGUUCCUAGCUAAAGGAAGAACAUAUAUCACCCGUUAAAUAAACAGGAAAUAUGCUACAAUUUUUACAAUAAAGCAUGUUGAGAAAUCAUGGUCAGUUUCAGAGGAUUAGCUUAAUUUAACAUAAUUGUUUAUAGUAUUUCCUCAUAUUGGCCCCAGAAUUUCCUAGAAUUUUACAUCUGCAUUUAUUCAUUUAAUACGCUUUUAUUCAAAGCAACGUACAUUUGAGGAAGCAGGGUUUAGCCAGACCCUGGAACAGAUUAACAAACUGAAGGACAAAAAAAAAAACAGGUGUAAAUUAAAGCAUGACAUACGUUUGUAAAUAGAAGUUGGUUUUGUUGGAAUGAGAAAGGAAACGCUACCUCUUUACACACGUGUGAGUGUCACAUGUAACGCUAGAUUCAUGAUGUAUAUCUGACAAUCAGUAGGUAAAUGCAGCCUCUACUGUCACGCACACAACCAGUACUGUAAUGCAACAGUCAGAGCAACACAAAUCAUUACAUAAAAGUUAUUUUUUUAAACAUAAUCGAAAAGGAGUAUAUGUGCCAAGUGAUUAUUGUAUAUCGUAUGGUCUAGUGCAGUGUCAGAUUAUAACCAAAUUAUGAGUGGUUUAAGAAUUGUAAAAGCAUAAACUAGAUUUUUUUUUCUUUAAUAAAACACAUUUUGGCCCUAUUGAACCAUUACUGUCUAAAAAUGUGCAAUUCUGUGUUGAAAACAUGUUUUGAAGUUCCUAUUGAGGUAUUCAAAUUCUCUCCAAUUAAAACUUGACAGAACACUAAGGCAACUUCCAUUUCUAAUUUAGGACACAUUUAGUAUCAUAGUAAAUGCACCUUUCCCCUGCCUUUCCUUCCUCUAAGUUCUGUGAAAUUUUAAUGUAUUUCAAAAUGAAAUUGUAUUGAAUUACAUAUAUACUGUAUUACAUAUCUCUAUGUUAUUUAAGGGCAAAUAUGAAUUAAGACGAUUGAUUGUCUAUGUGUGCAAGUGUGAAGUUAUAUGGAUCCCGUUAUGUUAGUUGUACAGUGUUUUUGUAUGAUAUCUGUGUGAAUAUGUGGGCUUAACCAAAGGGGGAAUCUUGAGUAAUGCCACUCGAGUAUUAAAUGUAACAGUCUAUAAGUCUAUAUAUUUUUGUUUAAAAUAAAAGGUCUAAUGAUUAAUACGCUAUACAUGACCAAAUGAUUCACGGUUUAUUGUACCUUUUGCUGAAUACGUAAUUAAGUGUGUGUCAACGGCUUUUUACUGAUUCCAAUAACUCUGUUAUCACACAUUUCUCUUGGUGAGUUCCAGUUCAGUUACUGCCAUUUCCUUGCUCUAGAAAAAAUUGAAAGAAAUGAAUUAUUACCUACAUUCUGUUUUCCUUCACUAUUAUGAUGAUUCAUAAUAAAAAAAAAUCCUCAUUGAAUUUAUCACAUUUGGAAACAUGCACUCCCCUCUUGAGCCAAAGGUCCUAAAUUGCAAUAAGGGUGAAAUCACUUAGAUGCUGAAAUGUGCAGACAACCAUUUUGAAUUUGAAUCAUGAGACCGUUAGUGUACUUUGACAAGAUUUUACCCCUGAACUUCCUGAUUCCCCCUAAGCCAUCAGUUCAAUCGGUUAAACUUCCCCCAACAGUAAGCACUCAUGGACUUCAGGAGAGGAUAAGUUAAGCUUUCUCUGUCAGCAUUCAGUGAUAUAAAAUGUAAGCUGUACUUUUUUGUAACAAUAAUAGUUUUUCAGAAGUUUUUAUUAAAACACCCUUUAAAUCUG